CACGCACACACACGCCGAGUGCCGUGCGGAGUACCAGCAGGAGCGGGACAACGAGGGGGAAUUGCACCUGUCCUCCCCUUAAACACACACACACAGGCGGAGAGGUCCUGAGCAAGACGUCCUUAUGUGUGGAUGGGAGCAAAGUUACACCGCGACCUCUCAAAGCUCGGCCAUGUUGACCAGUGAGGGGGCGCACACCAUGGAGCAGGACGACGUCCACCCCGCCGCCAAGGUGGCCUCCGUCGGCAGUACCGGCUCAGACGGCGCAGAGACGGCCACGGACUCCGACGUGGACAUGGACACAGAUGAGGCGGACAUGACUCGCUGGACAGAGGCGGAGUUUGAGGAGAAGUGCACGUACAUCGUCAAGGAUACCACGUGGGAAGCAGGGCCCGACGCUGAUGCCGCCGCCGCCGCCGCCUCGGUCACAAGGGCCGAGGCCUCCCUGCCCAGGAAUCUGAUAUUCAAACACACGGCCGACAGCAAGGAGGUGGUGGGCGUGUGCAGCAGGGAGUACAUCCCCAAAGGGACGCGCUUUGGUCCCCUGGUGGGUGAGAUCUACACGGCCGACAGCGUUCCCAAAGACGCCAACCGCAAGUACUUCUGGCGGAUCUACGCCGAUGGCGACUUCCACCACUUUGUGGACGGCCUGGACGAGACGCGCUCCAAUUGGAUGCGCUAUGUUAACCCCGCCCACUCGGCGGCAGAGCAGAACCUGGCAGCGUGUCAGAACGGCAUGGAGGUCUACUUCUACACCGUUAGGCCUGUCCCCGCUGGUGCCGAGCUGCUGGUGUGGUACUGCCACGACUUCGCCCGGCGCCUGCACUACCCCCCCUCUGGGGAACUCAUGAUGCAGAGACUCAAGCAGUCGCUCCUGGAGGUCAAGCAGCAGCAGGUGAGCGCCGACGAGUGCGCGGCAGAGGUGUCGGGCCCUUCGCUGCCCACCGCCACCCCCAAGCCCCCUAAAAGGGAACACAGCGUCCUGUCCAUCCUGCGCGGCAGCAACAGCGCCUCCAAGAGCGAACCGAGUCGUCCGCUGCCCACCCGCCCGCGCUGCACCUACAGCCCCGAUCACCCCCUAUACCCCUGCGCCCUGUACCCUCCCCUCAGGGGCCACAUCAACGAGGACUUUCUCAAAGCAGGCCAGCUGCCGUACCCCCGUUCCCCUGGAAACCAGUCGUCAACCACACCCAGCCCGUCGGCAAGGAGCAGCCCCGAAAGCAGCCCUCAAGGGAGCCCGUCUGCUCCGGUGCCAGCUUCGUUUUACCCCACUGGACUGGGUCCCUACCCAAGCUACUCGCCGCCGUCCGCGCCCCUCUCACCUUUCUACCCCCCAACAGCACCCUAUUCACGCUACCUCCUGCCCCACCACUACCCUCUGCCCGGCAGCGGCGUCCCCGCCGUAGGAAGCAUCUAUCCCAGGAUGUACCCUCUCUACAGUAACCUCCUGCCGCCCCACAUGCCCCUCCUCUCAUCAGAUGCAGCUGGUAGGCGAUUCCUGUCUGACCCUGCCCACCCGUCCUCCAUCUCCGCCCACAGGGACAUCCUCCUGCCGGGGCCCACCAGUGCCUUCUCGGCUGCCACCUCUCUCAAGGACAAGGCGGGCCCGCACCACCCUUAUGCCGGGCACCCACACCCUUCGGGCCACACUCCCACGAAUGGAUCCCCCACAGCGGGCAUAGCGCCGCCCAGUGAGCGGGCGCCCACCAAGCCUACCUCUGCCCUACUGGGUGAAACCAUUUCUGACGAGGAGGCGAUGAAUCUAAGCAAGGUGAAGCGGGCCGUGGGCUCGGCGGGCUACAAGGCUCUCCCGUACCCUCUGAAGAAGCACAACGGCAAGAUCAAGUACGAGUGCAACAUCUGCAGCAAAACAUUUGGACAGCUGUCAAACCUAAAGGUUCACCUCCGAGUCCACAGCGGUGAGCGACCCUUCAAAUGUCAGACAUGCAACAAGGGCUUCACACAACUGGCACACCUGCAGAAGCACUACCUGGUCCACACAGGCGAGAAGCCGCACGAGUGCCAGGUGUGUCACAAACGCUUCAGCAGCACCAGCAACCUCAAGACUCACCUGCGCCUCCACUCGGGUGAGAAGCCCUACCACUGCAAGCUCUGCCCUGCCAAGUUCACACAGUUUGUGCACCUCAAGCUCCACAAGCGCCUGCACUCUCGCGAGCGGCCACACAAAUGCCCGCAGUGCCACCGCCACUACAUCCACCUGUGCAGCCUGCGCCUCCACCUCAAGGGCUACUGUUUGGCCUCGGCCAGCCCCCGCCACGCGCCUCUAGAUGAGGUACAGCGAGCCAACGAGGAGAUCGAGCGCUUCGACAUGAGCGAGCACGCUGAGCAGCUGGAGCAACUGCAGGGUGGCGUGGAGCUGGAGGCCAUGUUGGAGAAGCAGGUCCUGGGGUUGCUGUGGCGAGACGGCGAGCGUCUCAAGGCGGCCCACUUCCCCGCUCGCCACAAGGGCGGCGAUCUCCCCUAUGAGGAGGCAUCGGUCAUCAAGAUGCGGCCGCUCAUCGUGAAACAGGAGAGCGAGGAUCAGGCGUGAGGAGCUUGGACUGUGUUGCCAGGAGCAACAGCUGUAAAUAACCACUUCCUGGCGUGCUGGCAGCCAUCAGGAUGCUUUCAGGGACUCGUUACUCAGGGUUGAACUUUGACAAUCACCUGGUGUCUUCUUUUCUUUUCCAAAUGUAACCUCUUAAUUUAUUAGCGUGACCACGUCUUCAUGAGGAACACGUGGAAGCAACACCCGUGUUUAUCAUCUGACCCACGAAAAAGAGCGAGAAGAACUCCGCUUCCAUGCCAGCGUUCCCAGAGUGUGACUGUGUCCUUUUCCCAUGCCCACUUAAUUUAAAUGAGGAACAAAGGGCAGUGUAUGUGUGUGUGUGUGUGUGUGUGUAUCACAAAAGUUACCUCAGAGUGCAUGAGAGUGUGUGUGUGUAAAGGGAAGGCUAAAGGCAGAUCUUUCUAUUUAUUUGCUCUUUUGCUACUUGAAGAAGAAGAAGAAGAAGACCACAGCAGAGUGGAGUGCAUCUGGUCAACAUGUAGCACACAUAUUUGUUUUUUUUAUUUUGAUUGUACUUUUAUUUGAAAGACACUGUCAGUGACGUGGAUGAGAUUCCCACUCGACACUAGAAACCAAAGUUCACUGGACUCCAAACAGCAGGAAGCAGCAGGAAGAAUGUGAAGAAGGCAUGAAGGAGAUAGAUGCUGAAGAAGGAAAGACUUUUAGUUGUUUGUCCGUAGCCCCGCCCACACAAGCACCUCUCUAUGCACUGGCCCCGCCCACUUCUCCUCCACUGUGUGCAGCGUUUUUUCUCUUUUUCGGCAUCUUCGACUCUUCCUUGACCAAAGUGUCUCUCUGAGCUUUAACGACCCCACCCAAAUGACUGUCUCUGUUUACAUUCUGGUUUACAAAGUUAUUUAUGUGCAAAAAUGUCCAAAUGUGUAAAUUAUAAUUAUAAA